CAGAAGUUCUUGUGCACAACCAGUUGUUAAGCUUUUAUUCUGAAAAUCCUUCAUGACGACAUCCGGGACUACCGCCCAUUAGUAUCAUUAAAGUGGCUAUUGACGCCGUUAACAUGUAUUACAUAUAAAGUUAUGAAAGAGAUAAGGAGGAGAAAAGGCAUGUGGAAGUAAGCAAUGAAUAUAAAAUGUUGAAAUCCUCUGUUUAACGCGAUGUCGGACACAGACGAACGAGGGGGCAAGUCCCCUACGUCACUACAGCUCACAGAGAGGAAGAGCGAACAGCGAGCAAGCGGGACUCCUGUUGUAAUCGGACAUAUUCAGACAUGAAAACCAGAACACAGAACUGAAUCGGCUGGGAGACUGAGAUAGUCGUGCGACGGAGUGGAAUGGCGUCUUUGAGUCCUGGAGAAGAGGAUAUGGAAAGUGCAUCUGAAGGAGAAGGAGGAUGGAGUGAAGUAAGGAAAAAGACUUCAAGAAAGAAGAUAGACAUGUCAAGUGACAGUCUUAGUGAAUCUGAUUCACGGAAUGAGUUGAAGAGAGUAAAGAAAAAGAAUGAGAAUGAAGAUUGGAAAGUGAUUGUGGAGUUUGGUGAGCAAACCGCAGCUAAGCUACAUCCAGUGGCCCUGACUAAAGCAAUUCACAAAGAAAUUGGAUCGAUAAAGCAAGCAAGAUUCCUGAGCAAAGGACGGAUGUUGAUUGAAUUGAUGAAUGCAAAACAACAGGAAAAGUUACUGAAAAUGAAGACCCUGAAUGAAGUUCGAAUUAAAUGCCAUGUUCCUGGAGCAAAUCGGAAAAUACUUGGAGUUAUCAGUGGAGUUCCCAUAGAAAUCGGCAUAGAAGAGCUCAAGAAAGAAAUUAAAGGGGGGAAAGUGUCUGUAGUUAAGCGUCUUCCUACUAGGUAUCAGGGUAAGAUAGUGGAUAGUUUGUCUGUUCUUCUUCAGUUUGAAGAAACAAUUCAACAGAAGAUAAUGAUCGGUUGCAUGAGCUUUCCAGUAAGAGAAUUCAUCCCUAAACCUCUGCGGUGCUUUAAAUGCCAAAGGUUUUGGCAUGUGGCAGACAAGUGCAAAGCAACUAAGCCCAGGUGUCCAACAUGUGCGGGGGAACAUGAAUAUGGUAGUUGUGCUGCAGGUGCUAAGGUGAAAUGUUGUAACUGUGGUGGGGAACAUAGUGCUGCGUAUCAGGGCUGCGAAGUGCAGAAAAAGGCCAAGGAGGUGCAGAGAUUCAAAGUGCAAAAUAAAGUCUCAUAUGCAACAAACAAAAAAGAGGUCAAGACUGAAAACAAUAGUGGAAGCAGCAGGUGAAUUUUUGGGGAUAAAGGAUAUAACCGUUGAAAUUAUGCAUGAUAUGCUAGCCCCCAAUAAUGAUGAUUCACAGAUUAGUGAGUAGAUGAAUGGUUUUUCUCAUUCUGCAGUGGAAUGCUAGAAGCCUUAUUGCAAAUGGACAAGAAUUCAAGACUUAUAUAUAUCAGUUAAAAGAAAAACCAGAUGUUAUUUGUAUUCAAGAAACAUGGCUGAAGACUCAUUUGGACUUCAUAAUUGGGGGAUAUACUGCUAUAAGACAAGAUAGAAAUGAUGGCCAGGGAGGGGGAUGUGCAAUCUUUAUCAGAGAAGUAAUGUCUUAUAGUAGGCUAACAUUUAAGAACAGUCAUGAUUUAGAAAUAGUGGGUGUAGAAGUUUGGAUUAAUAAAAGGAAAAUUAGUGUCCUGAAUUUUUAUAAUCCAUGUAAUAAACUCAAGAUAGAGGAAUUAGACAGUCUUUGCCAAGGAAAUGAAAUAAUAUGGUGUGGUGAUUUUAAUGCACAUAAUACAAUGUGGGGAGGGAGAUCAACAGAUUACAACGGACAGGUGGUGGAAGACUUAAUGGAGGCAAAGGAAUUUGUUUGUUUAAAUAAUGGGCAAGGUACAAGACUCAAUUUUAGAGAUGGAACAGAGUCUGCGAUCGACCUAACUCUUGUAACAAGUGAAUUAGCUUCGGGUAGCAGUUGGGAAGUAUUGGCAAAUAACAGUAUUGGGAGUGAUCAUCUUCCGAUUAUAAUCAAGUUUGAUAUUAGUAAUGUGGUUGAGCUAGAUGGUAUCAUGAGAUGGACCUUUUCUAAAGCAAAUUGGGAGAUGUUUGCUAAAUUGUGUGAUAAAGAAUUUGAUCAGAUUGAUAUGGCAGGAAGUAUUGAUGAAAUAAAUGAACAAUUUACUUCAAAUAUAAUUAAAAGCGCUAAUCAAACUAUUGGGAAUAAAACUGGUAAACUUAGUAAAUGUGUUAAGAUGGUACCGUGGUGGAACAAAGAAUGUAAUGAUGCAAUUCGAAACAAAAUCAGGCUGUUUGGAAAGCUAAGAAAGACACAUUCAUUACACAAUUUAUUAGAAUAUAAAAAGGCACAGGCUCAGGUAAGGAACAUUGUUAAAAGAGCAAAAAGGGAGUGUUGGAGAGGAUUCUGUUCAAGUAUUGGGAGAACUACACCAUUAGAUAAAGUAUGGGGAAUGGUUAAGAAGAUGAGGGGAAUAAGACAGCAGAGUAACCUGCCAGUGUUAGAGAAUGGAGGGGAAAUUGCCACCGGUGCUAUGGAGAAGGCAGAAAUUCUAGCUAAGAAUUUUGUCAAAGUUCAUUCUUCGGAAAAUUUGACAGAAGAAGGUAAGAUCAGGAGGCAGGAAGUGUUAGAUGAACAUCCUAAUGUAUAUGAAGAUAGACAUUCGUCGCAGAGUGUUGUAAAUAUACCUUUUUCUAUUCAAGAGGUGAGAAGAGCAUUAAGUAAGUGUAAAAUGACUGCUCCUGGGAAAGAUAAUGUAUGCUAUAUAAUGUUGACCAAAUUAAGUGAUUUUGCAUUAGAAAAGCUGCUGGAGAUGUACAAUAAGAUUUGGGAGAAAGGGAAGCUGCCACUAAUAUGGAAAGAGUCUGUCAUUAUUCCUAUUAGAAAACCUGGGAAAGAUCCAACCAGUCCAGGCAGUUAUAGACCUAUAGCUCUGACAUCGCACUUGUGUAAAGUUAUGGAAAGAAUGAUAACAGAAAGGCUGACAUACUACAUUGAGAAAAAUGAACUAAUGACUCCUUAUCAGAGUGGGUUUAGAAGAGGGCGGAGUACUUUAGAUCCAUUGCUGUGCCUGGAGUCUGAAGUCAGGAAAGCACAAGCGAAUAAGGAGUGUGUUGUAGCUGUAUUCUUUGAUGUGGAAAAAGCUUACGAUAUGAUGUGGAAGGAAGGAUUAUUAAUAAAACUGGACAUUAUGGGUCUGGGAGGUAAUGUAUAUAAUUGGAUUAUGGAUUUUUUGUUUGGCCGUGCCAUCAGAGUCCGAGUUGGCAAUUCAUAUUCUCGAAGGCAUGACGUUGAAAAUGGAACCCCGCAGGGGAGUGUAAUUAGUCCUCUUUUGUUUUCUAUCAUGAUAAAUGAUAUAUACACACAAGUAGGAUCUGAUAUUGGUAAGUCACUUUUUGCAGAUGAUGGAGCUAUUUGGAAAAGGGGCAGAAAUGUAAAAUAUAUUGUAGCUAAGAUUCAGGAAGCCAUUACGGAAAUUGAAAGCUGGUCUCUGACAUGGGGGUUUAGAUUGUCGGUGGAAAAAACUGAAACUUUAUUUUUUACGAGGAAAAGGAUAAGUGAGGAGGUUAGGUUAAAACGUUAUGGACAAGAUAUAAAGAAAGUGAAGACAUUUAAAUUUCUGGGAAUAUGGUUGGACGAGAGAGUCACAUGGAGUACGCACAUUGAUAAAGUAGUGGAUAAAUGUAAAAGGGUUUUAAAUGUUAUGAGGUGCUUGGCAGGCACUAAGUGGGGGGCUGAUAAAGCUGCUUUGAGGAACGUAUACACAGCCUUAAUAAGAUCAGCCAUAGAAUACGGACUAAUAGUGUAUGGUUCAGCUGCAUAUUCUUCUCUUCAAAAAUUAGAUAGAGUCCAGGCACAAGCACUAAGGAUAUGCUGUGGGGCAGUCAGAUCUACACCAGUGUCUGCACUUCAGGUAGAGGUCGGAGAAAUACCAAUUUCUUUGAGGAGAAAACAGUUAAUUGUUCAUUACUGGGCAAAUCUUCAGGGCCAUAAAGAUACUCACCCUACCAAACAAACUGUACAAACAAGUUGGGAAAGUAACAAAAUAAAAAAAGAAAGUUUUUGUGUUUGUGUUUCGGAAAUAUGUAAGGAAUUCAAAGUUAAAGAAUGGAGUAUUAGUCCGACGGUGGUGUUAUCAGCUGUUCCACCAUGGUUGCUACCUCAACCUAUAGUAGAUUUAUCACUAUUGAAACGGUUACAUUCAAUGAAAAACAAAAUCAAUGUACAGGCUUAUGUGAACACUGUUCUACAUGAACAAUAUGGGCAGUUUAUACAAAUAUUUACUGAUGGAUCCAAAGAUCCAGAAAAUGGUCUAACUAGUUGUGCAUUUUAUGUUCCUGAAUUAAAAGUAAAAGUGGGAAAGCGUACGAGUGAUCACAUGGCAGUAUAUACAGUAGAGAUGAUGGCUAUCUCACUAGCACUUCAGUGGGUAGAGGAAAUACAGCCAAUGCGAGUGGUCAUUUGCUCUGACUCCAGUGCAGCUCUGGAGAGCAUAAACAACUUCUCUUCAGAAUGUCGUCAGGAUAUUUUACAUGAAAUUUUACACAUCAUGUUUAGGUUAGUUCAUCUGGGAAUUGUUGUUCAAUUUGUGUGGGUUCCAGCGCAUGUGGGUAUUAGAGGGAAUGAAGUAGUGGAUCAACUGGCAAAAUGUGGUUUGAAAGCAAACCAGAUUGAUAUAAUUGUACCCAUCAGUCGAUCAGAAGUCAAAUCUGUUACAAAAGUGGUUAUCAAGCAACAAUGGCAAAAACUAUGGGACAGUAACAUCAAAGGAAGACAUUUAUACCAGAUACAAAGGGAAGUAGGAACAAGAAGCACUUGGGGGAGUAGUAGAAGAGAACAGAGCAUUAACAGCAGGAUAAAAUUGGGACACUCUGGAUUAAACUCAUCACUGCAUCUGAUUGGGAAACAUCCAAAUGGCAAUUGUGAUGGUUGCCAACAACCAGAGACAAUACAGCAUGUAUUUUUUAGCUGCCCGGAAUAUACAAGGCAAAGACUCAUUCUGAAAACUGCACUGGAACAACUCAACAUCAAGGACAUGGAUUUCAAAUCAAUAUAUGAAAGUAAAUCAAGAAAUGAAGCAAACAAGCUGAUCUUCAAAUUCCUCAAAAGCACUGGUUUGAGGACAAGGAUUUAAUAUGAACAUUUAAUAACUCAACAGUAGGUGGCGAUAUAUGCUCCAAGUGGAAGCGAUUCACCAUUAAAGAGAAGAAGAAGAAGAAGAAGAAGAAGCGAGCAAGCGGGAAGGACGAAUGCUUGUAAGCUCUCUUCUGCACGGCCAGCACCUGGGAGAGGAAGCUGCAGACUUUCUCUCCUGUCGAACAAUAUCCUGUUUGUGACUUUACCGCGCCUUUUUAUUAAUUAAAGUACCAAAUUUGAACCUCCAGAGACUCCAUUUAGUCUCCUUUUUAAGCUUCUCUUUCCUGGACGCUGAGAAUAAGAACACAGUUAACAAUUGGUUUGACACCUGACGUGAUUCUUGUUGAACCGGAUAGACUACAUAGCCGGCUGUUGCCCGGAGCCGCUGGCAACCCGUUCGACACACAGAGAGCUCAAACCACGGUAAAGAAGAAGCCUGUUACG